CAACUCCGCCGCCGCCGCCUGUUUGCCCCGCCCACUUGUUUUGUUUAAUUCGUAUACGCAAUCAGGGGUCAUUGAAUUGCAGCCCAGCCUAGGGUAGCAUAGCCGUACGUGAUGAAGUGCCUCCCCGGGAUUUCUCAUCUUUUACAGUCCAUCAAACUAAAAGGAAAAAAAGAAGAAGAAGAAGAAGAAGAAGAAGAAGAAGACAAAGGAGAAGAAGAAGAAAUAGUUGUCCCGCUUCCGGACGACAUCUUAAUUGAUGUUCUGAGCCGGCUUCCAGCCCGCGCUAUUCUACGAUGUCGCGCGGUGUGUAGGCGUUGGAGAAGUUUGACUAGCUCAGUUCAUUUCGUCACGCUCCAAGCCCAAAGAGCUCCUUGUGUUGUUCUUGUGCAAGGUUGGAAUUCGCGGCGGCAUCAAAAGAAGUCUCCCUUUUAUAUUUAUGAUGAAAUUUCCAACGAGUUGAGACGCAUCCCUUUCAAGGUUGGCACCACCUAUUAUGGUGAGUUGCGCCUUCCGUUUCUCUACGGUGCGUUUGGUCCCUUACUUCAUCUCAAGGGUAGUACAUUGAGGCCGAGUACUAAAUUUCUUUUAGACCGUGAUACUUGUGAACGCGAUCUUGUUGUCAACCUGAUCACACGCAAGGAACAAUUUGUGCCAAAGUUAUUAGACGGCGACAAGAAUAAUGGUGUAUUGCUUCUAGGUUCCCUAUAUUUUCAUAAACCCACAUAUGAAUACAAAUGUAUCUGCAAGCGCUACCUUAGACACGACAAGUGUUACCAGUACUAUUCAUACAGCCUAGCUUCUCGCACCCUCAAGGAAAUAGCUUAUAGAAGCCGUUUCACCACUAGCGAGACCUCAAACAACUAUCCAGUAGCUUUUAAGAAUGCUCUCCAUUUGACGAGCUACUUUUGCACAGGCACAGCGAGCACUACAAGUGAUCACUCCUGCUGGCACACGGUGUUGGUAUUUGACAUGGACUCGGAAAAAUUCCAUACUUUGCCUCAUCCAGAAUUCGAUUCGCCUUGUCUUGACCAACUGAGUUAUAAUGACUUCAUGCGUUUGUUUGUCCACGAUGGCCAUUUGGCUCUCUGCCAUGUACACGAUCUAACACGAGGAUUAUUCGACAUAUGGAUGUUGGAGGAUUAUGAACAUUGGCAUUGGAUUCGAAAAGCGAGCCUUGGAAAGGAUGAAUUGCUUCUAGAUUGGUUUUCACGUUACUUACUUGUGGCCAACCUCAAAGAGCUCACUACAAAAGAAAUUCGAGUGCCACUCAAAAGGAACGCUAAGCUGUUGCUCUCAUCUAGAAUAUAAGUUAACGAGAAGCAGGCGAAGGACGAGGAACUGAUGAGAGCAUCGGUGGAGAACCUACUGGCGCCCAUGAACAAAGAUUCCGUUUGGGAAAUUGAUUACCUUAGGCAGUGGCGGAGCCAGAAGCUCGCUAGCGGGGGGCACAUCACGGGACUAGGGUAGUGCUACCAGAAUUUUUUUUGUUAAAGCUAACAUGAUAUGCACCUAAGGUCCUUAGGUGCAUUUUUGUUUUCUGUGUUUCAUAGAUUUUGAAACGGCCGGAGAGGAGGAGGAGAAGGGAGGCCCCGAUGCAGGUGAUGAUAACGGAGUGGAAAUUGACGGCGGCUCUUCGGUGUCUGUGGUGGGUAAUAAUGGAGGGAACGAUGUGUUCUGGCAGCAGUUCCUGACGGAGACGCCGGGAGAGAGCGAUCGGCUGGGGGUGGAGCCGGGAGCGGAAGAGACUUGCGGCAGCGGCGGAUGGCGGAGAACGGUGGUACAUAGAUUUAUAAACUAUUUCUUUCUGUAUUCCUCAAAUUUGUAAAUUUUUUUCCACUCAGUAAGAUUUGUUUAUUAUUAAGAACAAAAUGGGCAGACAAUUGCUAGCAUAGGUUUGACGGCCGACUGGCCAAGUGUGCGUAUGGCUGUAUAGGUGCAGAUUCUUCAAUCUUUGUUGACAAGAAGGUUUAAGAGCCCAACGAGUAGCAAGUUUUCCCGUACCCAAAAGGUGUAUAUAUGUACUCCAUAGUAUAGUUGGUAUGUAUCAGAAUAGAUAGCAACUCUAUUUGCAAACAGUGAGAGGGAAAUUGGAGAAUAAAUAGCACAGGCGAUGGAGAAAGUAAGCAAGGAUGGUGUCAUUACUGUUGCUGUGAGUAACGUUCAUGCACAAUCUAUACGAUUCCUUUAGUCUUAUAUAUAAUGGUAAGCACAUGAUGUUAAAGCUUUACAACUUGAGCAGGAUGGAAAUAUUAUGGGUAACGAAUUGAAAGUGGCGGAAGGGAGAAACUUGCCCGUGGUUAUAUAUCCCCCUAUUUUGUUACAGAUGCAAAGACUCGGAAAUGUGUUUGUAAUGAUAUCUAUAGUUGAUCUAUAAUUGAAUAUUUGACCAUGCCCUCAUUGUUUGCAGAAGUCUUCUCAAAAUGAUGUGCAUGAAACUGUUCCCGUAUUCCUGUGACAGAGAGAGGAGAAACUAAGGCAUUCAAAAUGGUAAUUUGCUAAUUAUCCUAGGUAGUGUUUGGAUAGUGGAAUUCAUUUCAAUUUUUGAAUUUCAAUUCUAUAAUUUGAAAUUCCAUAAUUCAAAUUCCAUUUUGGUGUUUGGCAAACACAAGAAAUUCAAAAUUCAUAA